AUGGAGUCAAGUUCUGGUUCAAGUGACCAUGGAAAUAUCAGAGGAGUGCCUACGCAUGGUGGGCGGUACGUACAGUAUAAUGUCUACGGUAACCUCUUUGAAGUCUCCCGAAAGUAUGUCCCUCCGAUUAGGCCUGUGGGUCGCGGCGCGUUCGGUAUUGUUUGCUGGGUUCAAUUCUUGAAGCCGGCAGACAUCGGAUGUAAGGCUGUGGGAUGUGGUUUCACCAAUUUCCAUUUGACAGGAAAAUUAUUUGCAAAAUCAUAUGGGCUAGUAAAAUCCAGAUUCCAGAAUUCUGUUUUCCCCAUUCCCACAGUUUUAGCAUGUAUUCAUGUGCAUCAUGCUGCUGUGAAUUCAGAGACACGCGAGGAAGUUGCUAUUAAGAAGAUUGGUAAUGCAUUUGACAACAGAAUAGAUGCCAAAAGGACACUGAGGGAAAUUAAGCUUCUCCGCCACAUGGAUCAUGAAAAUUCUGCCAGUAUUUAUGUGUGGAAAUGUAACCUAUUCUUCAUUAAUAAUACUUCCCUAGUUUUGAGCAAGAUAUACAGUG